AUGCCAAACGAAUCAAUUCCUUCGGAUUUUGUUGCACAAAAUCAGCCCAAAAUUGAGAAGUUUGGUCGUAAAAUUAGCAGGAGGAGAAAUAAAGGGAAAACCUCUGAUAAACGAGCAGUGCCUGUUGACAUUGAACCGGAAGAAGAGAAAGAUAUCGAAAUUCAAACAUCUAAAUCUUUGAGACAAAGAGAAACGUUUGCACAAUAUAUUCCUGAGAAACAAAUUGAUAAACUUCUAAGAAAUGAAGAUUCCAAUGGAAGACAAUAUAUAGAAGGCCAAUUACGCAUUAAUCCAUGGUGUCAUAAAUAUGCUUAUUUAUCUUUAUCCGACGAUCAAUAUGAUCUAUUAAUUGUCGGCUUAAAAGAUAGAAAUCGGGCUUUUGAUGGAGAUUUUGUCGUGGCAUGUAUAAAUCAACCAGACAAAUGGCAUAUGCAUCGAGGACAGAAGCAAAAAACAGGUGUUGUUGUUUAUAUUCGGGAAAAAGUACAUCCGAGGAAAACAGUGGGAUGUUUCAAACAACGAGGUGCAUUCACAUUUUUAUAUCCCAGAGAUCAUCGCAUACCACUGGUUAAAAUAAAUAAGGAAUCAUUGCAACAGUUCGGUGUAUGUCCAAGUAGUUAUGAAGAUACAUUAUAUUUGGUCGUUAUAACUGAUUGGGUAAAACCAAAGUUUGCAGUUGGGAAAAUUGAAAAAGUACUUGGGAACAUUGGUGAUAUAAAAGCAGAGACGAAUGCAAUAUUGCUUGAAUAUGAUUUAGAUGUUACACCUUAUGGGCCAGACGUAAUGAAAGGGCUUCCAAAUAGCGAUUAUUCUUUAACAGAAAAUGAUGUAAAAAACAGAGAAGAUUGGAGAGGUGAAUGCAUAUUUACUAUCGAUCCUGACAAUGCCGUUGAUUUAGAUGAUUCAGUUUCUUGCAAAUCUUUGGAAAAUGGGAAUUAUGAAAUUGGUGUGCAUAUAUCAGAUGUCACUCAUUACAUAGAAUUUUUAUCUCCAUUAGAUAUUCAGGUUUCAAAACGUGCUACAACCAUAUAUAUGACAGAUAAUGUAUAUCAUAUGUUGCCAAAACAAUUAUGUCAAGUAUGCUCUUUGUCACCUGGCCAGGAUAAACUGGCUUUUUCAGUUAUUUGGGAGAUGACACAAGAUGCGAGAGUCGUUAAAUAUCAUUUUGCUAAAACUAUAAUCAGAUCGUGCUGUCAAAUGUCUUAUCAGCAUGUUCAGAAAUUAAUCGAAAAUCCAGAACAUAAUUGGCCAGAUGACUUUUUAAAUAUAAAUGGAAAUUACAAACUUAGCGAUUUAUCAACGAAAAUAAACAUUUUACACGAUCUAGCUACUCAAAUGCGUAAGCGAAGAUUUCAAAAUGGCGCGCUACAAAUAGAUCAACCAAAAUUAUAUAUUAGAGUCGAUAAAACUACGGGUUUACCAUUAUCGUAUAAUAUAGAAGAACGACAAGAUAGUAACAGACUCAUAGAAGAGUUUAUGUUGCUAGCUAAUAUGACAGUUGCUACAGAGCUAUACAAUAUGAUUCCGGAGACUGCUUUAUUACGUAAUCAUAGAGAGCCCUCGAAACAUAUCCUCAAUAUAACGCAAGAUACACUGCAAAAAUUCGGUAUUCAUUUAGAUGUUAAUUCGUCUGCAUCUUUACAUGCUAGUAUAAAACGUUAUGAACAAGAAUUGGAAACUGAAAAUGAUGACACAAGAACAACGAUGAAAUACAGGAUGAUGGUUAUUAACAAUCUUUGUUCCAAAGCUAUGACUCGAGCGACUUACAUAUGUUCGUCUUCAGUAAAAGCAGAAGAGGAAUUGAGACAUUACGCUUUAAACGUAUCGCUUUAUACACAUUUUACUUCUCCAAUUAGACGAUAUUCUGAUUGUAUCGUACAUCGUUUACUUUAUUCGACUCUAAAAAAUGUAGAGAUGCCUAAAGAAUGGACUAAAAAACUGUGUAAAUCAAUAGCAGCAAAUUGUAACAUAAAGAAAUACAGCGCAAAAAUGGCUCAAGAACGAAGUAGCGAGUUGUACUUUACAUAUUUGGUAGACUUAAAAGGUCCUAUGAUUGCAAUGGGUAUUGUUUUGAGUGUAAAUGAAAAUUUUGUAAACGUUAUAUUGUGUCAACUUGGUACAAAAUUAAGGCUUUCCUUUACUCAAUUAGAAAAUUUAGCAGACGUCGAAUAUUCUUCGGAAUGUUCUGUUCCAACGAUAAAUAUUUUUUGGAAACAACCUCCUGUUACUCAGGUAAUAAAUGUUUUUACUUUAUUGUAUUUAAGGAUCGAAAAACAUCCUGAAUCUUUUCAAUUAAUUGGUAAUUUUUUACCGCCGAAUUCCGAAUCAGAAAUUUUACUGUAAAUUAUUCGAGAUUAUAUUUAAAAUCAUUGUGGAAAUAUUUUUAUCGCUAUAUAUAUCUUUUUAUACACUGUAUGUAUGCAUAUGCAUAUAUAUAAAUAUAUACAAUCAACGUAAACUUGAAAUGAAUAGAAAUUUUUUCUAUUCAAUAAAUGUAUUUUGAAAAAAUUGACGGAAAAAAUAAAUCACAUAUUUCGCAAGAACAUUAUUUAUUUCAAUUAUAUUUUAAUGUACAUCGGGGCAACAUCUUUACAUACUUGUGAUCAUACAAUUACAUUAAUCAAUGAACGAUUAUUACAUAUACAAAUAAAUAGCCCUUAUAUUUAGCUUUAUAUUUGUACAUAAAGUUAUGUAUACUAUUCGCAAAGCAUAUAUUCUAAUUGUAUACGAAAAAGAGCAUGAUCAUGGAAGUAAUCAAGAUCUUUCAGAAUUCAGUUUUCUACUAUUUUUUUGUGUUACACUUACACAAUUAAAUGGCAAGUCUUGCUAAAAGAAAUUAAUAACAAGUUUCUCAAGAAAUAUGAUUUUCUUUAUUUCAUUCAAGUUAAUUGUUUUAAACAUUAAUUUUUUACAAUAAAUUAUGAACGUACUAUUUUGUUACUAACAAGUUCUUAGUUAAAAUGUAGAUUUACUUUCAUAACAGUACGUACUCUGAAAUUUAUUUCCUUGGGAUUUAUUAAAGUGUAAUGGAACUUUGUACAUUGAAAUUUUUUAGAGUCGAAAAUUAAAGUUCAUGAUAUAUUUCAAAAGUUAUUUAUUUGAUUAAUAAUAAAACGGGAAUCUUGGGCUCCACAAAGUGAUGCGUAUUCGUUAAUCGUGCAAAAUAUUCAUUGUUCUUUUUGAACAAUAUAUUUUUUAAAUACAAAUCAAAAUCGACCUGCAAUAUAAUGUAUCUGUAGUAAAACAAAAAAGCGAUACAUUAUGUAAACAGUCUUUUCAAUUCAUUUCAUAUCGCUUACACUAAUAAAUUAUAAUACUAAAAAUUAAGAUAUAAUUAA